CCAUCAUCUAUAAGCCAGUGGAGGCAAACACCUCAGAGCCGGAGGACUGUGCAAGCGAGAUCGUCCACGUCAGCAGCGGCGUCCACCGCCGGCGGCGGCAUGUUGAGGUCAAAAGGUCGGGGCUUUUUACAAGAGGAUGAAGCGAAAUCAAAAUCAGUAUCAUCGACCACGGACGAGGAGGAAUCACAGUCGCUGUGGCAGGUCCACCGGCGGCGACCGAGGGUGCCGCCGCUGCAGCUGCGUGACCAGCCGCGGCCGGGGCGGCUGACGCGGCCCGCUAUAGGACUCAACGGUGCUGCUCAUCCCGCUGGAAGCGGGCCCCUGCGGCGCGAUGAUCUGAUGACGCUCCAGGGUUUGAUAUUGCGAAUUGACGAACGGAUCGCCGGAAUUAUUGGUGAGGGGGAAGUUCGUCUUCGCCUUGGGGCCGCGGAGGGAGCGGGCGGCGGCGUCGUAGGCCCGGGCGGCGGCCUCAGCAGAGUCGAAGGUGCCGAGCCAGACGCGUGUCUUCUUCCAGGGGUCUCUGAUCUCGGCGGCGUAUCUGCCCCACGGCCUCUUUCUGACGCCUCUGAAUUUCAUCUCGUUAGAUCCGUUGGUUUCUCCGGCAUGGGCCGCUGCCGCUCCAAGCCGCCC